AAGUCUCAACCUCUCUCUUUCCAUCUCUCUCUCUCUCUCUCUCUCUCUCUCUCAUUCAAUUUAACAAUUUUUUUUUAAAUCAAAUCAAAUCUCUGAAUCCUUUUUUUUCUGAGAAACUAUAAACCCAAAAGAGUGGCCUCCACCUCCAACCCAUUCCUCCAAGAAACAAGAAGAUUCCCAUUAUACAAAGAAGAAAAAAAAGAGGUUAACCAAAAAAAAAAAAAAAAAAAGGCACCCAACUCACCAAAACCCUCACUUUUUUUUUUUUUAAAAAAAAUUCUUUUUUUUUUCUUUGAUUCUCCCCUUCAUCACUUUCCUCACAUCUAACAAAAAUACCACCAUUCUAUUAACACUUGCAGCAUGUCCAAUUUCUGAGAGAAACCCUAAUAUCCAACGCGAAUUUGGGGGAACCUAGAAAACAAGCCGAGGGACUGAAAUUGCCGCGACAUUUCGACGAAAACAAGGAAGUAGAAUAUUGGGCAUCCACAAAAAUCCGAGAUUUUCCCGAGAAAAUGUCUCAGCUGAAGCAAAUGUCGCACAUCGAUAGUGCCCCAUCAACACCGGGGAAGUUCAAGAUGGAGAAAAAUUCGUACUUCAACCGUGUCCGGUGGCACACUUCGGUUGCCAAGCUCACCCUUUGGUCCUUCGUCUUCUUGGCGGCGAUCUUGAUCUUCUUUUUCCGGUCGCCGGCGACCUCUCCGAUUCCGGCGGACCCAUCCCGGCGAUCCCUGAGGACCUACAGUUGGGGAGGUUCGGCUUGGGAGAAGCGGGUCCGGUCCUCGGCCCGGGUCCGGUCCAGAAACGGGUUCUCCGUUCUGGUGACCGGAGCCGCCGGGUUUGUUGGGACCCAUGUCUCCGCCGCCCUGAAACGCCGUGGUGAUGGGGUUGUUGGCAUUGACAAUUUCAAUGAUUAUUAUGACCCUUCAUUGAAGCGUGCAAGGCAAGGCCUUUUGGAAAGAAGUGGGGUGUACAUUGUGGAAGGUGAUAUCAAUGAUGAUGCACUUCUUAGGAAGCUAUUUGAGGUUGUGGCUUUUACACAUGUGAUGCAUCUUGCUGCUCAAGCUGGUGUGAGGUAUGCUAUGGAGAAUCCUGGUUCUUAUGUGCAUAGUAACAUUGCUGGUUUUGUGAAUUUGCUUGAGGUUUGUAAGUCUGUGAAUCCACAACCUGCAAUUGUGUGGGCUUCUUCAAGUUCAGUUUAUGGAUUGAACACUAAGGUUCCAUUUUCUGAGAAGGAUAGGACUGAUCAACCUGCUAGUUUGUAUGCUGCUACAAAGAAAGCUGGUGAAGAGAUUGCUCACACUUAUAACCAUAUAUAUGGCCUUUCAUUGACUGGUUUAAGGUUUUUCACUGUUUAUGGACCUUGGGGUAGGCCUGAUAUGGCAUACUUCUUUUUCACAAGGGAUAUUUUGAAGGGGAAGGCGAUACCAAUCUUUGAGGCGGCGAAUCAUGGAACAGUUGCUAGGGAUUUUACUUACAUUGAUGACAUUGUGAGGGGUUGUUUGGGUGCGUUGGAUACUGCAGAGAAGAGCACUGGCAGUGGUGGGAAGAAGAGGGGACCGGCUCAGUUGAGGGUGUUCAAUUUGGGGAAUACUUCGCCUGUCCCAGUUAGUGAACUUGUGAGUAUUUUGGAGAGGCUCUUGAAGGUUAAGGCUAAGAGGAACAUAAUGAGAUUGCCGCGAAAUGGGGAUGUGCAGUUUACUCAUGCUAACAUUAGCUAUGCCCAGAGAGAGCUUGGGUAUAAGCCAACCACGGAUCUAUCGAAUGGUUUGAAGAAAUUCGUGCGGUGGUACCUGAAUUACUAUUCUGGUGGGAAGAAAGCUGUUGAGUAACAGAUUCUUUUUAACUAAGUGAUACGAUCUUUGAAUUCUUGUUCAUUAUUAUGAUUCUUGUGAUUGUUCCCUAUCAUUUUCUCUGUUUGUUGCAAGAUCACCAUGCUUCAUGCGUGUCAAAGAUGCCAUAUUAGGAGAAACCUUAUUUCCUGCACUGAGCAAGUUUUGUUGUUGGUGGAGAUUAAUUCCUGGGCACCUAUUUACAGUGUCAAAGAAAACAUCAUAUUCUUCUCUUUUAUUCUUUUUCCCUGAAUGUAAUUGCUGUAGUUUUAGAAAUGUAGCAUUUACUACCGAUAGAGCAUAUGCUGAUUGGUGGCAGUGUAUAAUUGUUAAGAAAAUUUAGUAAAAGCACACAAUAGUUUGAUUUCCAGUUUUUGGACUGAAUGAAUCAAUAAGACAUGUAUUUUAUUUGCAUAUGUAAUAUUUAAGCUAUAA